CAUGUAGUUCAAUCAUUGGAAUCGAUUUUCACUGUGCACAACGGCCUCUCGCUCAAAGCUCCGCUUCUGGUCCCGGUCGGUGUUCGAGAUGAUAUAACCGCCAGCACAAGCCGAUUAGCCCAUCAAAUCCGGUCUACGCUUCGUCGUCAACCGAAAGAAUCGACCAAAUCUGUCCACCCACGUCCCAUUGAUCAAGUGCUAAUGGAGGAACGUGAAAAUGCUGUGGCUCAUGGUCCGGUCAUGUUGGAGAUGAGACACGGCACACCAGUUUAUCUGCCGGAAUCGUUAAAUUUGGCGUUUGCGCGUUAUCUGGCCCGUGCGGGCUCAUCAUUGAUUCAAGAAGUUGAGUUUGGGUUAAAACGUUAUCAAUUCGAUCGUGUAUACGGUAAUGGUAAUCUUGUAUUAGAUGUGGAGUUAGCCAAUACAUCGUACAUUCACUCUGUGGUGGAGUUGCUGCAAAUACUACGGGAGAUACUGUUGGGAUCACCAGAGUUUGAGAAGUGUCAUUUUUUCGUCUACUUGAAUCACACCGAUCUGACGGAGGCCAUUUUUUCGAACGUUGGGAUUCCGGCUGACGCAUGCGUUACCUUGUGGGACAAACUGGCAAAAGCGAAUGCGGAGAUCUCUCUCAACGCGCAGUCCACAACCGCGUAUCACUUUUAUGCGGACUCCACUACAGCCGGUGUCCGAACUCGUAGCAUUCCGGUGGUUCGGCAUUUGGCACUUCCGGCCGUCUUAUCCGCCUCGGGAUAUACACGCGCCUUACCGUUACAACAUCGGCUUAUCAGUUUGCUUCGUUUGGAUGUUGGCGACCAGGUGGAUAAGUUACGCGAUGCAAUCUUGCAAUGCGCUCCACGCACCCAGGCUCUUAUCGCCCGACGUGUGAAUGAGGCGAUCGAGCAAUUACGAAGUGUUUUAGAUAUCUAUAAGAAGUUGGGCGAAUCAGAUCGAUUCAACCUUCGUCUGUUCUGCCUCUAUCCUCUUUACAACGCACAGCUCUCUGUGACUCCUGGAUUAGUUCUACCGUGUCACUUGUAUCAAGGAAUUGUGUUUCAGCUCGUCGCCUGUGUACCGCAGCGCGCGAGCAAAACCAAGCAUGGCCAAAGUGGCUCUAUGUCCAGUGGUGCAGGUGGCACCGGCAACGGCGUUGCUCUUGGUGCUGGUGCUGGUGGUGGUGGUGGUGACGGUGCUUUCGCCGCCCGAAAACCGGAAAACAAAAAUAACAAAGUGAUAAAUGAACGCGAGGACAGCCGCAGAUACGCUGGAUCGCGUCGUUAUACCACGACCACAUUCACUGUGACUAGCCUGGUGCUUGCUCAGGGCGGCGAUUACACACAUUUGGUGUUGAAAGACUGUUUGCCGCGCGAGUAUGGAACACUCCGGUUGCCCAAUCGCUUUCCUCGUGUCCAGUAUGCCACACAAGCCGAGCGUAUCGUAUUCGAUCCAACACAGGGUAUUCCCAGUCUGACUGUGGAUCGCUGUCCACAUGUGGUCGGACUGACUUUACGUACCGAACGCCUCGUUCAGCUGCACUUCAUGAUGGCUAGUUCACUCACUGGUCUUUCCAACCAACUGCAUUCAUCCGGAGGAGUGUCUCCGUAUCCGGCGUGA